GUCAAUAAGCAUGGUACACGUGAGCUUCGCAACACGUGUAUCAGUGUCUAUACAAACAGCAGUGUUGGCGCGUCAGAAACAUUAUAGCAAGCACAGUAUUGAGACCAAAUCAAGUUUGUACGAACUUAUAAUGAAAAAUAUUUAUUAAAAUAGAAAAUCCGUGUUUGAUUUCGAAAGUGAUAUAUGAAAUAAGAUUUUUCAACAAUAGAAAUAAGGAUAGUAAAUUAAAAAAAUUUAAAGUGUUGUUUCGUUUCGAUCUGCAAUAAAAUGAAUAGCGUUUAAUAACUGUGAAUAAUCAUUGAGCAGUGAUUCAGAAAGAAGAAACAUGUAAUAUAAUUGAAUGCUAACAGUGGACUACUGCAGAAGUAAAUGGAUUUCACUUUUAAAGAAUACAAAUUAUCUUAUCCUCAAAAAGCUUUUACCGUUUUUGAGACACGUAAAAUUUAAUCGUAACCGGAAUAAUAGAUGUUGGCAUUAAUGAAUACUGCAAAACUUGACUUUUUGGAUAUCGCCAAUGAUAAAUUUAAAACUAUUAUGAAAAUAUCAAACAAUGACUCGAUUGAACAAAAGAAAAAUCGUGCUGAAAGUGAUGAGGAUUCUUCGAAAACUUUACAACUUUUACGUAUUAAAGGAUUUCCCCGAUUGUUACCUGAAGGAAUUGAAGCAUUAGUUAAUUACUGCUGUUAUCUGCAAGAAUUAUCAUUAUCUUAUUCAUUGCUUAGUGACGAAUUACUAUUAGCUUUGAGUUCCGAAAAACAAGUGCAAUUGGAAACUUUACGAUUGGAAGUACAUCCAGAAACAAAACCACUUCCACGAGUGAGCGAUAAAGCUUGGUUUUCAUUUUCCAAUCAUUUACCGAAUAUAAAUCUUGUGUUAUUAUGUUAUAUGACGAAUGAAGAUGAUCAAAGUCCGUUAUUCGCACCGUAUGUUCCUAUAACGCACUUGUAUUUUGGAGAAACUCCAUCGGAAACAAUGAUAUUACAUAUCGGAUAUCAAUGCCCCCGUUUGGUUGAACUAGUGAUUGCAGCUUAUGGUUCCGGUUUACUUGAUCGUGCAUUACUCUUUGUCGCUGAACAUUGUCCACGUUUAAGUGCUGUGGCUUUGGGUGAUUGUGAAAUCACUUGCUCAGGAUUAUUGGAAUUUGUUACACUCUGUGCAAAACGUUUGCAAAUACUGUAUAUUUGGGAAACGUCAUUAAUAGAAGAUUCUGAAUUAGACAUCACAACACUAUCGAAGAAUGUAUCAUUGCUUCUUGGUCGUACUUGGGUACCUGAAUACAUACCACUAUGUUGAAAUUUUAAAAAAUGAUGUAAGCAAUUAAAAUAAUAAUUGAUGGUAAUUUGCGCGUAUAUUAAAAAUAUUUGCAUAAGUGAUGAAUUAAACUUUACAAAUAUAUGUAUAUUAUUUAUUUUCUGCCAAUUUUUACAUACAGACAAAUGUAAGAAAUUAUAAUUUAUAAUAUUGAUUAAUAUUAUUUAAUUGUAGAUUUUUAAUAACUUUAAAAUAGAUCUUUCAAAAAAAAAUUUUUUUCAAUAUAAAAAUUGCAUAAUUUAGAUAAAAAAUGUCUAUAUUUUUUAAUAGAUAUAUUAUUGAAACAAUAUAAUGAUUGUAACAAGAAGAACGUAAAAAAAUUAUAAUUAGUAGUAAUAAAUUUUAUUUGUUUUGUUAUAUCGAUUCAACGUUACUUGAUGAAUCGGAUACGAACUAUAUGUAAAAAAAAUGCAAAAAGCCUCGUAUUGUAAAAAUUGCUCGUGUCUAUUAAUACCAAAAAUAUAAACUUUAUUAGAUUAUAAUGAUAUAUCUUGUAUGUGAUAUAUAUAAAAUAAAAUAAUACCACUAUGUAUUUACCUUCGCUCAUGAUAGAUAUGUAUAAUAUACAAUAAUUGAUAUAGUCUAUAAUUGUAAUACAACAGAGUAUGUACAUUAUUUCUACAUAACACAAUAAAUGAUUGGGUAUACUUAAUAAUUAUAA